CCUCUAUUUUUCUCUUAUUUUAUCGAUUUUCGUUUCAAUGGAGAGCACAUCAUCAUCAUUAUCAUACACAGAAAAAGACAAAAAGAGCGAAAAGAUCUCAGGAGACGAGGUUGCUAAUACGAGUGAGGAUUCCAACAACAUGCCAGUUCCUGUUCCUGAUGAAAAAGAAGCAGAAAGAACGAAACAACUUGAUGAUGAUGACGAAAAAGAAGCAGCAGAAAGAACCAGAGGUCCUGAUGUGCUUGAAGGACAGCACACCAGUGAUGACAACGAGACUGUGGGAGAAGAAGCAGAAGCAAAAAGAACAAAAGGGCUUAAUGAUGAGCCUGUGAAAAAACAAGAAGCAGAAAGAACAAGAGGGAUAACUACUACUGAUGAGCCUGUGAAAGAAGAUCAAAAAGAAGCAGAAAGAAAAAUAGAGCUUACUGAUGAGCCUGUGAAAGAACAUGAAACCGAAAGAACAAGAGGGAUUAUUACUACUGAUGAGCCUGUGAAAGAACAAGAAACAGAAAGAACAAGAGGGAUUGUUACUACCGAUGAGACUGUGAAACAAGAAGCAGCAGCAGAAAGAACGAGAGUGAUUAUUGGUGCUGAUGAAGAAGAACGCAAGAAGAAAAAGAUCAUGAAGAAGGCGAAGAAGAAGAGUGAAGAGAUUGAAUCGUUUAGUAAUGUAGUUAUUGAUGUAAUAGCGUUGCUUCUGCUUCUUCAGAUAUGGUGCGGUGUGCUUCUUUUGCACUUCUGUUAUAAUGUUGUUCAUCGUAUUCUUGAGAUUUUCUGGUGGCUAUUUGAUUGGCUAUAAGAUUCAUCUCAUGGGACUACUUUACUACUACUUUCUUUUUCCUUAUUUCUUUCUAACUUGUAGAAAUUAAG